GAGCGCUUUAAUCAGUUAAUAUUGUUUGGCGCUUAGUUAGGCUUAGGCUUUGGCUUCGCACAGUGCAGAAUGACUAUGGCUUCUUCCCUCAACCUGUCUUCUUCCCCAUCUCUCUCCCCACUCUUCUCCUCCAAAACCCAUCAGUUUUUUUGUCACCCUCUCCUCCAAAACAACCCAUUUCUUCGUUAUUCCCACCGUUACGCCGCUUCUCUCACCGUUGCUUCCCGCCUCAGCUUGAGCAGGUCCGGUGGCUCUGGUUCUGAUCAGGUCAGAGCCCAAGCCUCUUCCACAGAAGGAGAAUCAUCGGUGCCUCCUUACAACGUGCUCAUUACAGGUUCAACCAAAGGUAUAGGAUAUGCUCUUGCGAAAGAGUUUUUGAAAGCAGGUGAUAAUGUUGUGAUUUGCUCAAGAUCAGCAAAGAGAGUGGAAUCUACUGUACAGAGCUUAAGGGAAGAAUUUGGGGAGCAGCAUGUGUGGGGUACUCGAUGUGAUGUUAGAGAAGGCCAGGAUGUCAAGGAUCUAGUUGCCUUUGCCAAAAGAAAUUUAGGCUACAUUGAUGUUUGGAUAAAUAAUGCAGGAUCAAAUGCAUAUAGUUAUAAACCACUGGCUGAGGCAUCAGAUGAAGACCUCAUUGAAGUUGUCACUACCAAUACCCUUGGUUUGAUGAUCUGUUGCCGAGAGGCAAUUAAGGCAAUGUUGAACCAGCCUCGAGGGGGGCAUAUCUUCAACAUUGAUGGAGCAGGUUCGGACGGAAGACCAACUCCAAGAUUUGCUGCAUAUGGGGCAACAAAACGCAGUGUGGUACAUUUAACAAAAUCAUUACAGUCAGAAUUGCAAAUGCAAGAUGUGAACAACGUGGUUGUACAUAAUUUGUCGCCAGGAAUGGUGACCACUGAUCUUCUCAUGUCUGGUGCUACUACGAAGCAGGCCAAGUUUUUCAUCAAUGUUUUAGCAGAACCAGCUGAAGUGGUUGCAGAAUACCUUGUUCCAAACAUAAGGUCCAUCAUUGCCAAGGGAUCUAUGAGGCCUACUUAUAUUCGUUUCCUCACGGGGUUGAAAGCUUACUCUCAAAUAUUUUCAAGAUUUGCUUUUGGUGCUAGAAGAAAUAAAUAUGUGCUAGAAGAAGAUUGAAUUGCACCUGGAUUUAGAAUUUUUUUUUGGGUAAUUGUAAAUGUAAAACAAUAUUUUUUUUUGUAGAAUUUAUUUCUAAAUCUGUUAUAAAGUGUAAAAUAUUUUCAUGUUUACUUCUUGUAUAAAAAAUAAAUACUCUUGUGACAAAAAAAGAAAAGAAAAGAAACAAGAAUACAAAUAAAAGUGACUUGAGGAAGUUGGUAAAAUUUAAAUAUUCAACUAUGGAGAAGUGACGUGACUCGUGGGACGUAGUUAGAUUUUAAAAAAGUGAACCAUGUAAAAAAUCUUGUAUUCAUAUUUUAUUAAUCGUUUAAAUUGUUUUUAUUUUUGUUGAUGAAAA